AUGGCUCAAGCCGUAUCUCCGGAAGUGGGUCUUGAAGUGACUGCCGGCCCAGGUGCUCCUCAAACGCGUGUCGAGCUGGUGCCAAUGAGUCAACAAAACAAUGUCCGUAAGCCCGAGGACGACUGGACUGGUAUUACGAGUGCAGCCGAAAGGCGGAAAUUGCAAAAUCGCCUAAGCCAGAGACGUUAUAGACAAGCAAGAGCAAGAACUAAAAAGGAAACACAGACCCCUCCAACACCGCCCGAGUGCUCGGCUUCCACCACAAGUGCACAACGCAACCUGGCAGUCAAGUUCAGGGGUCUUGCUAAUGCCGUUAAUCACCAUGACAAUACGCACAAUAGCCUCCUUGAUAAGAUGGGGCCAUCAGUCCUGAGGAAAAUGGCCGAUGAAUUCGAAAUAAUGAUGCAACGAGACUUUCUGCUCGGAUCGCCGAGAGUGGAUUUGGUUCUCACCCUCAUCCAAUUCAAUGUCUUUCGAGCUCUAUUGAGCAAUACGCAAAGUCUCGGAUGGGAUUUUCAAUGGCUAGAGUGUGAAGAACCUGAUUCACCGUGGACAGCCGCAGUCAAUAACGAGGACGCUACAUCAACAUACUCGUCUUGUCCAUUGAGCUUACAGCCCACUGACAUGCAACGCAAGGUGCGGCACCAUCCGUGGAUCGACCUUUGGCCGAUCCCGAAGAUGCGUGAUAACUUGUUAUUGGCUGCGGGGCUAUAUGACGAAGAUGAGCUGUGCAAUGUGCUUCUGGAAUUCAAGGACAUCCCCAAUGAGCAAUCAGGCCUCUUGGUUUGGGGAGAGCCCUGGGAUUCGGCUUCUUGGGAAGUCAGUGCAACGUUUGUCCGUCAUUGGGCCUGGGCGAUCCAAGGAUGUGACGAGUUGCAGGCAUCAACCAAUAGAUGGCGCAUCGCGCGGGGUGAGAAACCGCUGAGGUGGUAG